AUGGAAAGGUCGACGCCCAUUCCGAUGCUUGUGCUUUGUACGGGCGCCUUCGUGGGAAUCUUCGUGUGGUGGCGCAAGGAGAGACGCGCAAAAGCUCCCAACAUUCCCAUGGCACAGGGUGGUCUCCCACUCCUGGGGCACGCGCUGCAGUACAAAGAGGACCCUGCGGGCUGCAUUCGCCGGCAGGAGGAGCGUGUUGGCAAGGUGUUCUACAUCAACCUGGCAGGCCGUCGCAUGGUGGUUGUUGGAUCCGACCCCGAGGCCAUGAAGCAGGUUGCAAUGCAGCCCGCCACGGUGCUUUCAGCACAGCGAGCUGUGGCAGAGAUAGGCUUUGAGUAUCUCUUGGGCACUGCAAAUGUGUACAAGGGAACCACGUUUCACAAGCGCAUCAUCAAGGAGGAGAUUUCAUCAAAGGAAAAGUUUGACACCAUGCUGCCCACGCUUUUCCAAGCCUUGUCGACGGCACUGGACGACGAGUGCCGCGCGCACAACAGCCGUGAUGCUACCCUUUCUCAUCCUGAUGUGUUUCACCUGGUUCGAAGAUGCAUCUUGCGUGCCGCCUUGGAUGUUUUGGUCACUCCCUGGCUCCUACACAGGGAUCCCUCGUUACUGACAGCACUCAUGUCCUUUCAAGACAAUGUGGAGGAUGCAACCGCAAAGGCUGCGGUCCUCCCGCGAUUUCUUGCCCUUCCUUUGUGCCUCUGGCCCAUGGCGCUCUCCAGAAGGCGCCUGACGCAACGCUUGAAGCGAAUUUUGGAGUCCGUAAAAACAGAGGCUGAGGCCGCUGAGGCGGGACCUUGGCUCCGGGCCUUCUGGUCUGAGCAAGUGCCGCUGCAAGAUGCCGCCGAGUUUGUUGUCGGCUUGGUGUUUGCGGCGCACAAGAACCCGGCCAUUGGAGCUGCGCAGUCUCUGUGUUUUCUUCGAUCUUUGGAUGUGACAACGCAGCAGACGGCAGCGACAGAGGCGAAGAGGCUGCAAGCUUCGAUGGCGGAUGGCGCUAGGCAGAAGGGAGGUGUAGAGGCUCUAUUGGCAGCUACCACACUGCGCCAGUGCGUGCUCGAAACUAUGCGUAUCACUGCGCAUACCCUGGGCGCGCUGCGCUAUGCUAACGCACCGCUAGAGAUCAAGACAAGAGCCUCCAACCUGACCAUUCCUCGCGGUGCAACCGUCGCCAUUGCCCAUAACUCCACGCAUUCUGAUGUAUCCGUAUGGGGGUCCAAUGCUUCAGAGUUUCGAUUAGAUAGGCCCGAGUGGACACUUCAGAGUGCUGACAUGUCAUCUCCGGUGGACCCCUACAAGCUGACAACUUUUUCACAGGGGGUCCAUAAGUGCCCGGGGGAGAAGUUUGCAAUGGCCGUCAUGGAGAUGAUGCUGGCACUGCUACUACUGAGGGAUAGCCAGUUACAUCGCACUCCAGAGUUGUCCUUUGAGCGAGCUACUCUGGCGCAGCGCGCAGGGCCAGUGCCAGUGAAGUUUCAACGACACGUGCUGGUGUGA